AUGUGGUUGUCCGACCCAGAGUGUUGUGACCUUAAAGGUCCGUUGAGGCGUCAAACACUUAUUGUACCAGUUAAAGAUGGAGGCAAUAAUUCGCCUCUUAGCUUUAAAGCGACAGUGAGCGUCGAUAGUGAUGUCAGGACGUAUAGAUCAGAUGGAGUCAACCGAUUCAUUGAAGAUUACAGAUUUCAAUGUAUGAAGUUGAUAGCUCAAUUACCAGACUUCAUUUUAGUUGAACUUGUAGAAUUGGAGAUUUGUGAGAUUAUAGAUGAGCAGACUAGAGCUGUCUGCCCUUUUUUGACCGGGGGAGUGAGAAACAUAGGAACUGAAGCUGUACGGAAUUACUUAGGUUUAUUUGAGAUGUAUAUAUAUACAGUAGAAUUUGAGCAGUCCGCUUAUGAUAUUUCUCAACUUGUGGUGUUCGACAAUUAUAGCGAACCCGCCGAUCUCCUCCGCUCCGAAACAGACAUUUUUAAUAAAGAAGAUGAUGAUCCCUUAUAUAUGGCUCCAGUUGAUGACAAGACGCAAUUAAAUUGGCAGGCAAGUGAGUUAGAGGAAGAUAUGUACUGCGUACCUUACGAAGAUCAAGAUGGACCCCCACCGCUGCCAGCGCCUUGCUUAGGACCAGGUCGCUCCACGAGUACUGAUGAUUCUAGGAAUAACUCGUUAUCGGGCGAAGAUACUUAUGACGUUGUUCCAGAUCUAAGCGGCGAAUAUGAAUAUCCUCAGUCGACGUCUGUCGAUGAUAUCCGUCCCGGAGAAGAAUAUGAUGAGCCCUGGGAAUGGAGUGUGGGCGCACGGCUCACCAGCAGCCUCCAAGUGUCACCGUCCUCCCCGGGGGCAUUAUCCCUAGAUACAACUGAAGACAGAACAUACUCCGAACCGGCCGCUGGAGCGUCCAGUGAAUCGCUUUUAUCCGAUUCGGAAUCGUGCUGCGACGAAGACGAGAUGACAGCACGGCAAAGACGCCUGUAUGAGACAGCCUUCGACAGUCGCGUCAAGCGGGAUGCUGAUGAUUUGGACAGGCUAAUGCAAAGCCCAGUCCUGCAAGGUGAUCUCUUCAAUAAUAGUCGAGCGGCUGGGGAAGGUGGACAAGUUGUAAGGGCAGCCUCUCGGUCAUCUUUCGGUUCUACCAGUGGCAGUUCAGCUUCCAGCACUCCAACUCAUCAACCCAUGGUUAUCGCUCGACAGUCGCCUCGUCAAAGACAUCUACCGCUUCACUUUACACCCACCGAAAGGAGGAAAGUGACCCUUAUUCGCGAUCAUCUGCCUAGGUCGUCUUCCCCUCAAGCACGACUCCUGAACACUGUUGAACCUAAAGGCUUCGUGCAAAGUGAACUAAACCGUAACGGGGCCAAAGUUGUGAAUUCUAGUUACGAGCGUAAAAUAUCAUUCAAUAACCAAUGGGAUAAUGUGUCCCGGUGUUCGUCAGACAAGAGCUCAAGCCAAGAGUCGAUGAAUGUUGUUGAUCCGAAAGAUGAGUUUAGGUUAUCGUCGAACAACAGCAAAAACGAGCAGAGAAACUUUUUGCUUGCCAAGAGUGCCAGUCGUGACAAUCUGGUAUUUAGGGACGAUCGACGAAAUUUAACAGCUAGUUAUCCGACCAACUGGAAGGAACUGACGAACGCGAAAUUGGAAAAUUCGAAUGGUUAUCAGAAAAAUGUUCAAGACAUUGUUUUCCAGAAAGAUGACAGCCAAGAUGAUGGGAUGUCCUUUGUUAUGAAAAAAUCAGCUAGUGGUCAUACAGGUGUAAAGUCUAUAUUUUCAGCACUGAUGUUGGCUUAA